AUGUGCUGGAACGCGUUUUGUCCCGCCGCUCCUGCACCGUCUGUCUGUGAUAAUGAGGCUGAGCGAGAGGAAGUUGGCCAACGCUCUCCUGAUGAACACACAGUGGACACACAGGAACAUUUCUCCAUCACAACUCCUGACCUCUUACAAAAACAUCCAGAACGCCCACAACCCCGAGUCUGUGGGCAUCUGUCCGGUUUGGUGGCGUGCGGGUCGCUGGAUGGAUGGAGACCGGGGCUGAAUUUGCCAGAAGAGGAGAGAAGAGGAGAGGAGCGCGCGGGGCGCACUGAAAAAGUCUAUAAAACCACUCAUCCUUACCGUGAGAAGCCUUGCAUCUCCACAAACCCGACUUCUUGGAAAAACCCCCGUCUUCUCCUCUCCUCCUCCACCCCCGUCUCAUCGCAGGUCCCAGAGACCCCGGGCCCUGGUCACAUCUGCCCCCCCCCCUUCUCACAGCGGCGCCAUCUGUCCGGUCCUGCUCCAGCCGGCCCCGGUGAGACACUCGGAUCGCGGCUGGCCUCGGAGCUCCGGCGCUGGGCUCAUGCUCCGCUGACUCCCCCCCUCCGUCCUCCUCCUCCGCUCGGGUCCAGCACGCACACCACGGUCCGCAGAGAGAAACAGAGAUGGGGCAAGUCUUCAGGUCGGGUGGACGAGGCUAACGACGUGUUUAGGAGGAAGCGGUGCUGAAAGAAACGGCGAGGUGCAAUCACGUAAACAGCUCUAUCAUAUAUUACCGUAUUUUUCAGACUAUAUGCCGCAUUUUUUUCACGGUUUGGGUGUUUCCUGUGACUUAUUCUCCAGUGUGACUUCUAUAUUAAAAUGUUUUUCGUGAAGUGUGGAGAGGUUCUUGUGUGUCAGUAUCUGCUGCUCCUGUUCCUCCUGUACCACUGUCACUUGGCUCUACUGCGCAUGUCUCCUGCAGAAAGAGCCUCUGUCCUGUCUGUGUCAUGUCAGUCGAUCGCAUCGUAACUUCUACAAUUUAACAUUUAAACAAACUUAUAAAGACAAAGACUGAGAAAACUGAACACAAAUGCCCCCUAUAAGAAAAUCAGAUUCUGCAGAUUACAAACUGCAAGUCGUGAAAUCUGCAGCUGAAAACGAUAAUCGAGCAGCAGAGAGAAAGUUUGCAGUGAGAGAGAAACUUGUGACACGGGGAGGAUGCACCAUGAAACUUUCCUGAAGUCACUGGACGGAUGGACAAAGUCUGGACUUCAGUGACACCGAAACCAUCCUGUCGAGAUUCAGAAAGACCAGAAUAAUUCUAACUGGAACUGAUGCUGAGUCUGACGACAGCAACACAGAAGAGGAAGCGUCGCUCUGUUUACCUCCGGAGGUCGAGGCCGAGUUGCUCAGAAGUGACACCGAGGAUGAAGAUAAACUGUACUUAAAAAAUCAUAGUAUAUUUAUAUAUGAAUAUUUAUAAAGUAUAUAAGUGAUGUAGAAAUGUAUUUAGUUAAUUUAGUCACAGCUCAGUGGUCAUACCAGUCACUAAGAUUAAGACACCAACUAAGACUUAAACAUGCUUAGAAGUGUUAUUUCUUUUUGUAGUCUGCACUGAAAUGGAGCAAAGGAUCAUGGUCCAUGUAGUUCCCUCUGUAUUUUUUUAGCUCUUGCUGCACCGUAACUCUUCAUUUAAGCAAAGAGACUUGCAAUUUGUGCUCUGUUUACCUCCGGAGGUCGAGGAGUUGUUCAGAAGUGACACCGAGGAUGAAGAACUGAAUGGAUUUAGUGAUUUGGAGUGAGAUGGAGAGUUUGUUACCUCCGCCAACGAGGUUAAGUUUU